AUGGGUGUGGCCACUUGUUUCCAUCGAAAAUGGGUUUCCGUGAGUGUAGUUGUUAUGUGCAUUGUUCUUCAGUUGAGCGUGAUCACUGUUGUUGGUGAUGAGAAGCUUAACAAAGAAGGAUUCGGAGAUGAUUGUCGAUUUGGACGUGAACCACGUUGUGGAGGAGGAGGGUUGGGUCGUCGUGGUCAUGGUGGAGGUUUCGGUGCGGGAGGAGGUGUAGGUGGUGGAGUUGGAGGCAUUGGUGGUGGUGGAGGUGGUGGUGGAGGAGGAGGCGGUGGAGGUGGAUUGGGUGGUGGCUCGGGACAUGGUGGAGGUGUUGGUGGAGGCAUAGGUGGUGGAGCGGGUGGAGGUGGAGGUGGAGGAGGAGGAGGUGGCGGUGGUGGUGGUGGUGGUUUGGGUGGAGGUUCAGGCCAUGGAGGAGGAUUUGGAGCGGGUGGUGGUGUAGGAGGUGGUAUUGGUGGUGGUGGAGGAGGAGGAGGUGGUGGUGGUGGCGGUGGAGGAAUAGGUGGAGGUUCAGGCCAUGGUGGAGGCUUUGGUGCUGGAGGUGGUGUAGGAGGUGGAGGAGGUGGAGGAGGUGGAGGUGGCGGCGGCGGUGGCGGUGGUGGAAUAGGUGGUGGCUCUGGUCAUGGUGGAGGCUUUGGCGCAGGUGGUGGUGUAGGAGGUGUUGGCGGCGGCGGUGGACGUGGUGGAGGUGGAGGGAUUGGUAUUGGCAUUGGGAUUGGAGUAGGAGUUGGGGUUGGAGCUGGUGCUGGUCAAGGUUCCGGCGUUGGUGUUGGUGGAGGAGGUAGGGGUGGGGGUAACAAUUAA